AUGAAUCGUAUUCGUUACUUCUACGAGGACCAACUAGGGGAAGUGAUUUUGCGUUUACCCCAAAUUGAUCUCAUCGCUAAGGAACCACGCCUGAAUGCCCGUGAAGUUGAGCUACUUCUGGUACUUCUGCUUGGAUGUUCCAUCAAAUGUCCCAAUAAAAAAUAUUUCGUCGAUAAAAUUACCCAGCUCGACGAAGAAACGCAAGCGGCUCUCGCUUCCUACGUCAGCAAGGUACUACAGGUCCCCAACAUAAUACUCAACAAAGAGAUGCUGACGUUCGAGUCUGUUCCAAAUGAGCAACAACUUUCGUAUCAUAAGGAGAAGAUCGACAAAGCUAUCGAGAUAGUCAGUAAAAUGAGCAAAGAGAAAAAUGAGCUGCUCGAGCAGUUGCGCACAAUCUCGUCGAAAAGGGGCGUUAAAAGUUACGAGAAUGAGCUGAACGAAUGGAGGGCUGAGACUGUAGCGUUGAUUGAUCGAGUACACGAUUACAAAUGUAAACUGACUUUGAUGGAAGCUGAAAAUAGAAGAUUAGCUUCCGAGGUGAUAAGUUAUCGCGACACACUCGAAAACAUGUCGGAACUGACGCAACAGCAGGAUCAAUCGAAGCAAGAGAUCAAUAAUUACAGAGUGGAGCUCAAAAAAAUGUCAUCCUACAAAAUGCGCUUUGAAGAUUCGGAGCAGUACAAUCAAGCGCUAAAGGAGAAAAAUGACGAGCUCGCCAGACAAUUCAAAUCCUACAAGGAGGAGACCGACAAGAGCUUUCAACAUAUGAUGAGGAAGAUUAGCAGAUGGGAGAAAAAAUGCCGAGGAUUGGAGAUUGAAAACGAAGCUAUUUGCAAGCAUAAUUCCAAACUUUGCGAGGAGAAUGCUGAUUUAGAACGACACAUCAAAAUGUUGUCUACAAUGAAUGCAUCUCUGGACAGCAGUUUCAACGUUGAGGCCGACGAGUCGUUCAACCCGCGCUGCAACAGCAGUCUUUGCGAGGAACUUGCGCAGAGCAUCAAGCUCGACUUGGAAAAUCGUCACCUAUCGACUGUCAACGAGGAUUCGAUUCUCGAAAAUUCGCUUCAGAUUAAGUAUAACGAGUUAGAGGAGGAGAAUAAUAGUCUUCAAUCUAUGGUUGACGAUCAAAAGUACACGAUUAGUUAUCUCCAAAAACUCUUGUCGAUGACGCGUACAGAGAACACGAAGUUGAAAGAGUUGCUGAGGGACAUUGAUAGACAGAAGCAAGACUUGAAAUCUAAAAUAACUAUGGUUGAGUAUGAGGACAAGUCAUCGAAGCCUUCAGAGAGGAAACUUGUUGAGAUAUUCCCCGAUUAUAAAACUCAGGAGAACGUCAUUUUAGAGAAGCAAUUGCAAGAGACGCUUUCGAAGUUGAUAGACUGCAACAAAGCUAACUCGGCGGAUAGACAGAAGUACAUUUAUCUCAAGCAUCGAUGUAAUAUCGUGCUUAACGAACACAGCAUCGCAGAAUCAAAUAUUAACACAUUAUCGAAGUAUCAUCAAGAUUUCCAAGCAACUCUGCAGGAGAAUAAUCUAAAGAUAAUCGAGAUCCAGAAGAAGAAUAAUUUGCUUCAGGUCGAGUUAGAGAAUUCAAAGGACCUGAUCAAACGACUUGAGUCGGACAGAGAAAGGCUGAACCGGUUAGUCUCAAAUACUUUAGAAAAUAAUCAUAAUUUGAUAACGCAAUCGUUAUCGAGGCAGCAGGAUUAUCAGAAUAACGUUAAGCAGAAAGAUAAGGACUUGGACAAGCUUAUUCAAGUUAAAACGAAACUCGAGGAAAAAAUCAUGUCCCAAUAUCAACAGAUGGACAACAAGCAAGAACCGAAGAAACGAAAUGUAUUAGGAUGCUUUUGA